UUCUACUUAAGAAGACAAUACAAACUUAUUUGUAUUGUUGUAUUCAUAUAACAGAAAACAAUAUGACUUUAUUGCAGCCAGAGAAGAACCAGAUAUUGACAACCAACUUAUGGCUUCGCCAAGAAUGGGUGGACCUGCGCCUUCGCUGGAAUCGAGCGAUGUUCCAAGAAAUCGAGAUGACUCAUAUCCCAGCUCGGGAGCUCUGGAUACCGGACAUUGGGCUUUACAACAAUGCGGAUGGUGACUUUGUUAUCACUUUGCUUACCAAAGCAAAGGUCUACAGCACCGGUCUUAUUGUCUGGGAGCCACCGGCAAUCUACAAGACCUACUGCCCAAUCAACGUCGAGUUCUUCCCUUUUGAUCAGCAGGAAUGCUUCAUGAAGUUCGGUGUGUGGACCUACGACGGCCAUGAGGUAGAUCUGCAGCACGUGUUGGAGAAACAGGGGGUGGCGGAAGGUGACCAGAUGGUGAUUCCAAACGGCGUGGACCUUUGUGACUACUACCAGAACGUGGAAUGGGACAUCAUCAAUGUGACCGCCAGGCGCAAGGAGAAGUUCUACCCUUGCUGUCAGGAACCAUUCCCGGAUAUUACGUUCAACAUCACCAUACGCCGGAAAACACUGUUCUACACGAUCAAUCUAAUCAUGCCGUGCAUUUCAAUAUCAUGCCUUACAGUGCUAGUGUUUUAUCUGCCCAGCGACUUCGGAGAGAAGAUCACACUCUCGAUAUCAAUAUUGCUUGCACUUACCCUGUUCUUUCUUCUGUUGUCCGACAUUAAUCCCCCAACAUCCAUUUUCAUUCCGCUUAUUGGGAAGUAUUUACUGUUCACCAUGAUAGUUGUGACCAUGUCCAUAUUCCUGACCGUAUCAACACUAAGCAUCCACUUCCGGUCACCAUCCACUCACACGAUGUCGCCAUGGAUCAUGCGUUUACUGAUGGAGAUUCUGCCAAAGAUCUUGUGCAUGAAACGCCCGCCUGUCAAUAGAAAGCAAAGCGCCUUUCAAACUGUCAAAGACAGGGAAGUCAGAGAUGCAAAUCUCGACACAGCCAAAGUAUUCAUGAACUGGCAGCGACAAACGGACAUGUUGCGCCACAGAAUAUCUUCGGAAAGUUCAGAAGCCUUUUCCACAUAUCCGCCAGAAAUAAGGGAGUCUCUUAAAGGAGUCCGGUAUAUUGCGAAACACAAGAAGACUGCGGACGAUGCAAAAUUGGUUCGCCAAAGCAGCACACUUUAUAAGAAUGACUAUGAUUUAAGAAGAACGUGACUGGAACUACGUCGCUAUGGUGAUGGACCGCCUCUUUCUGUACAUCUUCACAACUGCGUGCGUCUGUGGAACCAUCGGCAUCUUUCUAAACGCGCCAUCUCUGUACGACCCCUGGGAAGCCAUGACAAG